AUGCCGCUAGGUCUCAUCUUUGUCGACUUAAAAAAGGCCUUUGACUCAGUUGAGACAAAAGUGGUCAUGGAGGCCUUGGACAACAAAGGUGUCCCUUCUCAGUACAUAAAGGUACUUCGAGAGUUGUACAGUUACUUCACAACAAGAACUUCGCCAUUCUACAAGAACAUCAUCGUUGACGUCACCCUCAAGAACGUAAUGCGAAAGUUGGAAUGGGACGACAUGGGAGUGAAGGUUGAUGGUCGGCAGCUACACCAUUUGCUGAUGACAUCGUACUGA